UCGGAAGCCAACUUCAGCUUCGUUGCUGUUGCUACCGUUCAUUCAUUUGGGGUCAUGUUAGCUUGGUAGUAGCUGUUAGCAUAAGCAGAACCCGGCUUUUCCUUACACAGUUCAGCCUUGACAUGACUCCGAUAGAUUGAACUAAGAAGAGACAGCUUUGCGUCGACAGCUGAGCUGCGUGUAAAGCUUUUGUGUCCAGGAUAAACUCGGUUUGCCGACAACGGCCAUGGAUUAUGAACACAAAGCGAAAGCGGUAGCAGACUGCUUGCUAAGCUACAGGAGGGAUGAAUCUGGCUGGAAGGUCUGCAGAAAAUCGAAUGAUGUGGUUGUUUCUUGGCGUCCCUCGUCUGAGUUCCCUGGGAAUGUUUACAAGGGAGAGGGCAUUGUCAGCGGCAGCCCUGAGAACGUAUGGGAAUGUCUCAAACCAGUUCCCAAUGGGCUCAGAGUCAAGUGGGACAGCAACGUCAAAAAGUUUGAGCUUCUUGAACAAAUCAAGGAGGAUAUUUCCAUCUGCCGGACAGUCACACCCUCAGCCGCUAUGGGUAUCAUUGCUCCACGUGACUUUGUAGAUGUUAUUUUAGUUAAGCAAUAUGAAGAUGGCAGCAUUUCAUCUAAUGAUGAUGACAGUUCAUGUGAAGGUGGUCAUUUGUGCGUGUGUGUGUGUGUUGCGACCAAUGUGAUUCAUCCUUUUUGUCCUCCCCAUCCUGGCUAUGUAAGAGGAUUCAACCAUGCAUGUGGCUGCAUUUGUAUCCCCAUCUCAGGGGAGCCCAGAAAAACGCAAGUGUCCAGUUUCUUCCAGACAGACCUGGGUGGCCUCCUUCCGCGUUCUGUGGUUGAUUCAUUUUUCCCAUCCAGCAUGACCGAGUUCUACAGCAACCUGGCCAAAGCUGUAAAGUCUAUUAAGGACAUGUGAGACAAAGAGCAACCAGGGUUUCCCCCAGUGUAAUCUAAGCCUGGUGGGCUGCCGGGCUUUACUUAACCCCCCCCCACCACCACCACCAGGCCAGCCAUUGAUGAAUUUCUUAUAAAAAAAGAAUUGCUUUUAUAUUUUUUUUAUGCCCCAAAUAAAGCAGAAUUAGUAAAGCUGCUUUGCUCAGCUCAGCAAAGUAUCUUUGUUGGUCUGAGCUUUUCACCAAAACAACAGAAUCAUUCCUGAAAGGGAUUUAUGCAUUGAAAAGUGCAUGAAGCUGCCAAUGUUCACCAGUGGCGCCUGUUGGCCGCCUACUGCGUCACUGCAGCUGGAUCUUUGAAGUUUACCUCAUUGCAGAUUGUGCUUCUUCACAUAUUUCAAUCAAACUAGAUGUUUUGGCAGAUGUUCUUUUUGAGAAGCUUAACCUGCAUAUAUAUCAACUCCCUGCGAGGAAUAAUGUUUCUUUGGAGAUAACUUCAGUUAGGUAGGGGUCAAGUUUGAAAGUCACUACACUGCUUGCUGUGUUUGCAACUUAAAUGUAACCUAUAGUUGCACUUUCAGAUGUGGGUGCUUUGUAGUGAGAAUAAUAUAUCUUUGUGAAGAAAGAAUUAUGUGUGGUGUGUGCGUUUCCAUCUCACACAUGCUGGCACAUCGCUGGGUCACAAACGUAAUUAUUAUCUGCGCUGAUAAAGUUUCUAUAUGUUUUCCUCAGUGAGCCAGUGUGUUAGAGGGAUAGUGGUAAAGGAGGAGUUUACUACUCCUCCACAGCAGCAUGCUGUUCUUUUUGUUUGUUUGUUGUUUUACACAAUGCAUCAAACUGUGCCAUAUCAAAUGAUGUUUCAGUCAGGCAGAGUUGCUGUGCGGAGAUGAGAAAAACUGUCUCUGUGGCGCUUCUCAUAAACUCAACAGACACAAAAUAGAACAGCUUUGUCCCUACUAGAGCGACAUAAAUGAAAUCCCCAUUUGACCCUCUGUAUCCAGCAAAGAGAUGCCGUGUGCACAUCAUGCAUGGUCGGUGCAAGGUUGUACAUCAGCACCACUAACAGCAUUGCAGUAUAGAUUUAGUCAAAUCUGGGAGAGGGCAUAGUCAGUGAUAACUAAUUUGCUGAGAUAUAUUUGUGCUCAAAUAGAGCUCAAACUUAAAGGUUAAACUCAGAAUGAGAUUGUAGCUAAGGUAACAAAAUAAUCUAGCUAUGAAGAUUGUUCUUUGCACUUCUACAAAGUAAACUUACUAGCUCAUUAAAAUAUCAGUUAAAUGUAAAAAAAAUUCAAACACAGCUAAAUCUUAAAUUAUCUGUGCGGAAAGCGUUAAAUUUAACAGCGUUGUCAUUCUCUACAAACAAAUGUUAAACAUUUCUAUCUGUAUUUUGUGUUAAAAUGUUAACAUUUAUGGAGAUCUUGGGGGCCUUGAGCAAAAAGUAUGCAAAAAAAUGCAUAUUUAUUUUACAGUAAUAUUUUUGUUUUUAAAAUUAUAGUUGUGUGUCUAAGUAUUGUCGACAAUGUCUUCCAAAAACAUACGUAAUUUACCCAGUAAUGUUUUACAUUUCUUGUCAACAUUUUUUAAUACAAAAACCUGGUGGGGCCUCAGGGCCCUGACCACCAGGCUUAGCAAGUUUUCUUUGUUACUCAGGGAAAACCUGAGCAACCAAGUGUUCGGCCUAUUCUUUAUGCCACCUGCUCUAUUUUAAAAAACAACUAAUACUGAAGCUUGAGGAAAGUUAGAAAAUGCCAAAUAUCUAACAUAUGUAUAUGUUGGUUAAUUUAUAAACUCUUAACAGAAGCAAUCCUGUAAAUGGUUAACGGUCAACAGUCAUACCUAGAAUGAGGAAAAGGGUCAUGCAUAUCAGAAGUCCUCAAAUUUCUCUUGAUAUAUUCUCAAGUUUAUCUGACCUUAUUCAAAGAUAAAAGAUGAAUUUGAAGAAUAGAUUUUUUUAGUACAGUAGGUAAAAUAAGUAUUGAGCUUAUCAAAAUGUUUUCUACUAAACAUAUUUCUAUUAACAUGAAAUGUUCACCAUGUGUUGGUAACAACCCAAGUAAUCCAUACAUUCAAAGAAACCAAAGAAAUAGAUUUAGAAAUUAUGUAAAAAGUAUUGAACAUGUUGCAGUAGGCAACUUUUAUAAAAAUAUUUUUUAUUCACAUUUUUAUUUUAUCAAUGAUCACCAGAAUAAAAAUGCCAAAUUUUACAUUGGGCAUUUUACAUUUAUGCCCAAUGUAAGAUUUCUUAUUUGUUCACAAGCUACAUGAUCCAAAGUGUUAACUAUUAGUAUAACCAAUAUUUCUAUGUGUGUGAUAUUGUAAGUAAUUUAAAUAUGACCUUAUUGUAAAAUAAGAACAAGCAUGUACGUGGAAAUAUGUUAAUCUAUAAAUAAAUCCUUAAAUGAGUGUUGGACAUUGUGAAGUCUAUGUUAUAAUACCAUAUUACUGUGUUAAACAGCAUAUAGUCCUUAUAGUAUCACAUGAAGCAGAAAAUCUGUGAAAAAAUCAAGCUCUUCCCUCUCUUCCCUGUGCCCCUAUCGCUCACUUCAGAAAUGCACCACAACUGGUCAAAAGCACCAAUCAGAGCCAGGAGGAACAUCUUAACGCUGUCAGUCACCUUUGUGUACACGCUGCUCAAUAUGCUAACAUGGAGAAGCAGCUUACAGUUCCAGGAAAACAGUUUUUUUCCUGUCAUUUAUAUUAUUGCACAUUCAUUCAUUUCUCACCUGAUUUGUUUUGGCUUCUUUCUAUGUAUCGAUUUCUUGGGUCAUUGACGAAAAUUUCAUGUCAAUAGUACUUUUAGAAAUAUGUUUACAUAUUUACAUAUGUUGUGACUACUUAUUUUACCCAUUGCAAAUGCAGUGAUAUAUAAACCUAUCAUGCAACACAAAAUGCUUUGACCUUCAUACCUCUGUGUAUGCAGAUCGGACUGAUCUUUUGUAUAACUAAUAUCUGUGGUGGCUUGUGAUCAGUUCCUUUUUUUAAGCAAAAGAAGUUUUUCUUCAUUUUUACCAAACGCACUUUGAAUCGAACCUAACAUUUGGCUUCAUUAUCAAGGUAAAUGAAUCCCCUUGAAGUAUCUCCUAGACUGUUUGUGGACUGUUUAAUUGCCCAUAGCUCAGAGUUUUAUUUGUAAGACUUUGCUUUUUCAAUGUUCUUCAACUCAGAGAUAAUAUUUAUGUCUCAUAAAAACAUUUAAGGAUAUUUUUCCAUUUAUUCAAGUUUAAGGUACCAUAUAGGCUGGUAGCAUUCCUUUUAUUCUUUUUUAUCCAAUAUCCUAGAGUGUAGAUCAACUUUAAUGCUGUUGUACUUUAAAAAUAGAUAUAUUGUUAAUUAUAAUUCUUUUAUUGUAAAUUGGGUAUUGUGUAUUGAAUUGACUGUACAACCAUUUUUUUAAUCAGGCAUGUUUGAUAGUUGAGAACCAUUGACCCCUUUGCUUCUGAGAGGUGAACUCAUACACAAAGACCGAAGGGGUAUAAAGUGUCUUUUUUUAUUAAAAAUGUUGAGUGAUAUGAAAAUUAUGAGAGAAAUAAAUGCUGUAAAUGUUUAAAAUGUUUUGUUAAAGUCAAUUGACUAAUAUUAACAUUUCACUUGAACCACUUGCACUGUGACUAUUUUAAUUGUUCAGUUCAGUUGCAGUUCCGUAUGUGUUUAUAGUGUUAACUUGUGCAUGGCCAGAUAUUUUUCUGUAACAUUUGCAAAGAGACAGUUUGUUAGUUUUGAUUUUGCAACAUGGAUCAAAACGCCUGAGGAUUGAUUUUUUGUAAUCAACAGAACAUGUCAUAUAAAUGUAUGGAAACCAGACACAGAUGUGUUUGAAUUGUUACUUGGUUUUGCAUUACCUUGUCUACAAACCCAUUGUUUUUGUAUUUUUCAUUCUGUUCUUUCCCUUUCUAGUGCUGGCAUCCAGUUAACACGGUUGGUAAACCUUAACCACAUAAUCUCAAGUCUUUUUUUGUCUGAAUAUAGCAUUUUAAGGUAUGAAGAAAAGCUCACUUCACACAUUAGUUUCAUUAAAGACAUCUGGAUGAAGGCAGUGAC